UCUUAAUAUAAACGAUUCUCAGUCUACCCAGUUUAUGAUGAUCUUCGAUAACCUACUAAAAACCCCUUAAAAAUUUCUCUACUCCUGAAGAAACUUGCAAAUCCAGUAUUUCGCUCUUCAUUAAUCGCCAGAAACCCUAGCGAUCAAUUAUUCUCUUCCGUCAUGCUUCCUUUCUCUUCGACGGUUUCGAACCAGAUUCGGUUCUUGCUUCAGAGCUUGAACGACUCAAACUCCGAUUCGGUCGUUCGCGAGCUAUGGCAGUUCACUGAGUAUGGAAGUGAGGGAAGCAUAUUGCUGCUUCAAACCUGCUUGGAUCACAUAAAUUUUCAUGGCGGGAACAUGCAGAACAUGCCUACGAAACCAGAUUUUCUUGCUGCAGUAUUUAGAUAUUUAUUGGAUAAACCAAAUUUCAGCACAGUGUUUUGUGAAGCAUUAAGAAAUACAUCCAUCAAUGAAGCUUUUCUUGGAGAUUUCUGUAAUGCAUUACACUUGUCGGUAUCUGAGAAAAUUGGCCUUGGCCUUGCUUUAUGUGAUUCUGAAAAUCCUGAUAUCAGAACAUGCGGUCAAAAUUUCUGCAUGUCCCAGAUUGAGGAAUUGUGUACCAAUCCCACAUCUUUUGAUUCUCAUGGGCAAAUUCAGAAUAUUGUCAUGUUCCUGCGUCGAUCAGAGAGCCUUGCCAAGCACAUGGAUUCCUUUAUGCAAAUGCUAUCCUUAUUGCAAUUAAAAGACAUUACUACUUUUAUAUCAGAUCCAUUUCUUUCAGAUGAUUUACGGGGUGCUGAUUCUUUGCGGCAUUUGGAUCUAUUCUAUGAGUCCAAUCAAAAUGAUUUUGAUGCAGUUCUAGCAGAGAUUGAGAAGGAAAUUAGCAUGGCAGAUGUUAUGAAGGAACUUGGCUAUGGUUGCACUAUUAAUGCGUCACAUUGCAAAGAUGUUUUAUCCCUUUUUCUACCACUGACUGAGGGGACCCUCUCCCGGGUACUUAGCACAAUGGCACAGACUCAUUAUGGUCUUGAGGACUGCCAAAACGCAUAUUCAAUAUUUUGCUCUGCACUUAGUGGCAACUCAGUACCAGAGUCACCAUGUUUGAACUCCUGGAAUGUCGAUAUCCUUGUAGAUUCAAUUAAACAACUUGCUCCAGGAACUAAUUGGGUCAGUGUGAUGGAAAACCUGGACCAUGAGGGGUUCUAUUUCCCCAAUGAGGAGGCGUUUUCCUUUUUUAUGUCUGUUUAUGCAAAUGCAUGCCAGGAUCCGUUCCCACUCCAUGCCAUAUGUGGGUCCGUCUGGAAGAAUGCUGAAGGUCAGCUAUCUUUCCUAAGAUAUGCAGUUUCUGCACCACCAGAAAUAUUCACCUUUGCUCAUUCUGCAAGGCAACUGGCAUAUGUUGAUGCAGUACAUGGUCAUAAGCUUCCACAGGGAAAUGCAAGUCAGGCGUGGUUGUGUCUUGACCUUUUGGAGGUGCUAUGUCACCUAGCUGAGAGAGGUCAUGCUGGCUCUGUGCGAACAAUUCUUGAGUAUCCUCUUAAAAACUGCCCUGAGGUCUUGCUUCUUGGGAUGGCUCAUAUUAAUACUGCAUUUAACCUUCUCCAAUAUGAAGUAUCCUCAACUGUACUUCCCAAGAUAAUUGGCAAUGCAAUAAAAAAUGGAGUGUUUCUUCAUCUGUGGCAUGUUAAUCCAAAUCUGUUGGUCCGUGGCUUUACAGAUGUUCAUUUUGGUGAUCAAGAAAGUAUGACCAGAAUUCUGGGCAGUUGCCUAGAGCUGAAGAUUGUAUCAGCGGUAUUGGACAUAACACCUUUCUCAUUCAGUAUUAAACUGGCUGCCCUUGCUUCUCGGAAAGAGCAAAUAAAUUUGGAGAAGUGGUUGAAUGAUAAUCUGAGCACACAUAAGGAUGUCUUUUUUGAGGAAUGCCUUAAGUUCUUGAGGGAGAUACCCUUGGAUGCAACACAUGAUCCUGCUAAUCCAUUCCAGCAAUCUGUUGGUGUGUUGAAUGCCUAUUCAGAGACGAGCUCAACAUUUUUCAAGGUCCUUCAAGCUCAUGCUGCACAGAUUGCUUCUGACCAGCUUGCUGAAGAAUUGAAGAAGUUGCAUUUAGCAUCCAUGCAUGCCACUCCGAGACUGCAGAAUGGUGGAGCCGUGGAGUCGACAUCUGAUGGUUAUGCUGAUGAUAUUGAGGCAGAGGCCAACUCUUAUUUCCAUCAAAUGUUCUCUGGUCAGCUGAGCAUUGAUGCGAUGGUUCAAAUGCUUGCUCGCUUCAAGGAAUCUCCUGAUAAAAGGGAGCAAUCAAUUUUUGAGUGCAUGAUUGCAAAUUUAUUUGAGGAGUACAAAUUCUUCCCGAAGUAUCCAGAAAGACAACUUAAGAUUGCUGCAGUUCUCUUUGGUUCCCUAAUAAAGCAUCAGCUGGUUACCCAUCUUACACUUGGUAUUGCCCUUCGUGGAGUCUUGGAUGCACUGCGUAAAUCUGCUGAUUCCAAAAUGUUCAUAUUUGGGGCCAAAGCUUUGGAGCAGUUUGUGGACCGUUUAGUGGAAUGGCCGCAGUAUUGUAAUCAUAUCUUGCAAAUAUCUCAUCUGCGUGGCACCCAUUCGGAGCUUGUUGCAUUCAUUGAACGUGCUCUUGCUAGGAUCUCAUCAGGCCACACAGAAUCAAAUGAGGUGAACAGUACAUCUAAUGAUCAGCCGCAAGGUUCUGCCCAGGCUACUUCGGAAACUUUGGAGGCAUCUGACUCUUCCUGGCAGUUAAUGGGAUCUAAUUUUACACAACCUGGGCAACAAGUCUCCUCCCCGCUUCAGCUGCAACAAAGACAUCAAGGUUUUCUUGAUGACAGGCAUAAAGCCUCCGUAACUUCAGUUAGUUAUAUGAAGCCCCUUCCUUCCCCUGCUGGGCAGCCUUCACUUGUUUCCACACACGAUGCCGUGGGAAAUCAGAAGUCAAUACUCUCUCAGCCCUUGCAGACGGUGCCUUCACAGAAUGUGGGAAGUGGUCCAGCAGCUGUGUCAUCUUCACCUGGUUUUCUGCGCUCUUCCCGAGGGAUUACAUCGACUAGUAUGCUUAGACAACAUUCAUAUAAUACAGGGUUUGGUUCUGCUUUGAACAUUGAGACACUUGUUCAAGCUGCUGAGAGAAGGGACACUCCUAUAGAGGCACCUGCAUCAGAGAUUCAAGACAAGAUACUGUUUAUUGUUAAUAAUAUUUCAACUGCAAAUCUUGAAGCUAAAGCAAAAGAAUUUACUGAGAUUCUGAAGGAGCAGUACUAUCCAUGGUUUGCACAGUAUAUGGUGAUGAAAAGAGCGAGCAUCGAACCAAAUUUCCAUGAUCUCUACCUGAAGUUCUUAGAGAAAGUUAAUUCAAAAGAUUUAAAUAAGGAGAUCGUGAAAGCUACUUACGAGAACUGCAAGGUUCUUUUAAGAUCAGAGCUUAUAAAAUCCAGUUCAGAAGAGCGUUCCUUGCUAAAAAAUCUUGGUAGCUGGCUUGGGAAGUUCACAAUUGGAAGAAAUCAAGCAUUAAGGGCUCGGGAAAUAGAUCCCAAAGCCUUGAUAAUAGAGGCAUAUGAGAAGGGAUUGAUGAUUGCAGUGAUCCCCUUUACCUCAAAGAUUUUGGAACCAUGCCAGUACAGUCUAGCAUAUCAACCUCCCAAUCCUUGGACAAUGGGAAUCCUUAGUUUGCUUACUGAGAUCUAUGCUUUGCCAAAUUUAAAAAUGAACCUCAAGUUUGAUAUAGAGGUAUUGUUUAAGAAUCUUGGUGUGGAUAUGAAAGAUGUUAAACCAACUUCUCUUCUUAAAGAUCGGGUUAGGGAAGUUGAAGGAAAUCCUGAUUUUUCGACAAAAGAUAUUGGAGCAUCCCAGCCCCAAAUGGUUGCCGAAGUUAACUCUGGAAUGAUAGCUGCAUUAAAUCAAGUUGAUCUUCAGCCUGAGGUGUCCCCUCCAUCUCACCCUGGUGGUCAUUCAAAUGUUUUAUCGCAGUAUACUGCUCCUCUUCAUCUUGCUUCGGGUUCACUGGUGGAGGAUGAGAAGAUGGCGACCUUAAGCUUAUCUGAUCGACUUUCUACGGGUCAAGGACUUUCACAAGUCAGUCCGUCCCAGUCACAAUUUUCUGUUAGUCAGCUUUCUGCUUCAAUUGCUAAUAUUGGAGCUCAUGUUGUUAUCAACCCUAAGCUUAGUGCCUUGGGCCUCCAGUUGCAUUUUCAAAGAAUUGUUCCAAUGGCAAUGGAUAGGGCUAUCAAAGAGAUAAUGUCCCCUAUUGUUCAACGCAGUGUUACUAUAGCAAUGCAGACAACGAAGGAACUGGUUCUGAAGGACUAUGCCAUGGAGUCAGAGGAGAACCGAAUAUAUCAUGCUGCACACUUGAUGGUAGCAAGCCUCGCAGGAAGUUUAGCACAUGUUACAUGCAAGGAACCUCUUCGUGGUUCCAUUUCCAGUCACUUGAGGAAUUUGCUUCAGGCCUUAAAUAUUGCCGGUGAAAUUCUUGAACAAGCUGUGGUACUUGUUACAAAUGAUAACCUUGAUCUGGGUUGUGCUGUGAUUGAGCAACAUGCAACGGAAAAGGCUCUGGGUGCCAUUGAUGGGGAAAUAUCUCAACUACUUUCUAUGAGGAGGAAGCAUAGAGAAGGUGUUGGUCCAACAUAUUUUGAUGCAAGUACUUACACACAAGGUCCUAUGGGUGUAGUACCAGAGGCCUUGCGACCGAAACCUGGCCGCUUGUCCCAUUCCCAACAGAGAGUUUACGAGGAUUUUGUAAGGUAUGCGUGGCAAAAUCAAUCAAACCAGAGCUCAAAUGCUGUGCCUGCUUCUCCACCUGCUUCAUCUGGUGUCUCUAUUAGUUCAGGGAUGUCUCGUGCUUAUGGUUCCACUAUAGGCCAGCUCAACCAAGGUGUCUACUCAUCUGGGCAAGGGGCACAAGGAUUUGGUGCUGUUGCACAGCCUAUGGACCUAAUGUCCGAAGAGAUAGACCCUGGUUCACAACCAUUUAUAAGUGCUUCCUCAACUCAUAUUGGAGUGCCUGACGGUGUUAUUCAGCAUGGUUCUGAGAUCAACUCUGCCGUUGCUUCAUUAACUUCUACUGUUGCAGCCUCAGAAUUGCAUUCAGUGGAAUCCUCUACUGCUGUAAAGGAAUUGGGAGCUAAUGUACAACCAUCACCUUCACCAUCUGCGACGGAGCGCUUGGGAAGUGGUUCAUCGGAGCCUUUUUUCACGACAGGAGAUGCAUUGGAGAAGUACCAGUUUGUGGCCCAAAAGCUGGAAACUUUGGUCACUAAAGAUGCCAAAGAAGCAGAAAUUCAGGGUGUUAUUGCUGAGGUUCCUGAAAUUAUACUCAGAUGUAUAAGUCGAGAUGAGGCUGCAUUGGCUGUGGCUCAAAAGGUUUUUAAGAGUUUAUAUGAGAAUGCAUCAAAUAAUGUACAUGUUGGUGCACAUCUUGCAAUUCUGGUGGCUAUUCGAGAUGUUUGCAAGCUUGUUGUCAAGGAGCUCACAAGUUGGGUGAUUUACUCGGAUGAGGAGCGCAAGUUCAACAAGGAUAUAGCUGUUGGUCUCAUUCGCAGUGAAUUACUAAACCUUGCAGAGUACAAUGUACACAUGGCAAAGCUUAUUGAUGCAGGAAGGAACAAAACUGCUACAGAGUUUGCCAUUUCUCUUCUCCAAGCGCUGGUGGUUCAGGAACCUGGUGUUAGUGUGUCAGAACUCCACAAUCUUGUUGAUGCCUUGGCAAAGCUUGCAAUGAGGCCUGGAUCCCCUGAAACUUUACAGCAAUUGGUUGACAUUGCCAGGAAUCCUGCUGCUAAUUCAGCUGCAUUGUCUAGUUUAACCACUGGCAAGGAGGAUAAGACUAGACAGGCCCGGGAGAAAAAGCAGUCUCCUGGUCGCUCCAUGGCAAUCAGGGAAGACUAUACCAAUGCUGAAUCUAUGGCAGCAGAUCCUGCUGGUUUCCGUGAACAGGUUACAGUCCUGUUUGGUGAAUGGUGUCGAAUUUGUGAACUUCCUGGUGCAAAUGAUGCAGCUUAUACACAUUACAUUUCCCAAUUACAACAAAGUGGGUUGCUUAUAGGGGAUGAUAUAUCAGAUCGCUUUUUCCGUAUCCUAACGGAACUUUCAGUAGCACACUGCCUAUCUACUGAGGUAACAACUCCUGCCUCAUUAUCGCUACAGCCUCAUCAUUCCCAGCAUAUGUCAUUUUUUGCUAUUGAUAUGUGUGCGAAGCUCAUCUUUCUAAUUCUCAAGUACUGUACGGUGGACCAAGGGUCAAAUAGACUGUUUCUUUUGCCCAAGAUCCUAUCAGUAACUGUGAGGGUCAUCCAGAAAGAUGCAGAGGAAAAGAAGACAUCCUUCAAUCCAAGACCAUAUUUCAGAUUGUUUAUCAACUGGCUUUAUGACCUUGGUUCUCUAGAUCCGGUCCUUGAUGGUGCCAACUUUCAGGUGUUGACAGCAUUUGCUAAUGCUUUUCAUGCUUUGCAACCCCUCAAAGUUCCUGGUUUCAGCUUUGCUUGGCUUGAGCUGGUGAGUCACAGGAGUUACAUGCCUAAAUUGCUCACACUUAACCCUCAGAAGGGUUGGCCUCUUGUUCAACGGCUGCUGGUGGACUUGUUUAAGUUUUUGGAGCCAUAUUUAAGGAAUGCUGAAAUGGGUGAACCGGUUCACUUUCUGUACAAAGGAACUUUGAGAGUGCUGCUCGUGCUGCUUCAUGAUUUCCCUGAGUUCCUCUGUGAUUAUCAUUUCAGCUUCUGUGAUGUAAUACCUCCCAGCUGCAUCCAGAUGCGGAAUGUUAUCCUCAGUGCAUUCCCCCGCAAUAUGAGGCUGCCUGAUCCGUCCACGCCCAACUUGAAGAUUGAUCUACUAGCAGAGAUCAGCCAAUCACCGCGCAUUUUGUCUGAAGUUGAUACUGCUCUGAAGGCAAAGCAAAUGAAGAAUGACAUUGAUGAGUAUCUCAAGACAAGGCAACAAGGGUCUUCCUUCUUGGCAGAACUGAAGCAGAGAUUGUUGCUUCCUCCAAGUGAGGCAGCCCAGGCUGGAACCCGAUACAAUGUGCCCUUGAUCAACUCCCUCGUGCUUUAUGUGGGAAUGCAGGCUAUUCAGCAACUACAGACAAGGACUGCACCGCAUGCACAACCAAUGGCACAGGGUGCCUCCAUGGAUAUUUUCUUGGUGGGUGCUGCCAUGGAUAUCUUCCAGACUUUGAUUGGGGAACUCGAUACGGAAGGUCGCUACCUCUUCUUGAAUGCAGUUGCUAACCAGCUACGAUAUCCAAAUAACAAUACACAUUACUUCUCUUUUGUCCUCCUCUACUUGUUUGCCGAAGCAAACCAGGAAAUUAUACAGGAGCAAAUAACUAGGGUAUUGUUGGAACGCUUGAUUGUCAACAGACCUCAUCCUUGGGGCCUGUUGAUCACUUUUAUUGAGCUCAUCAAGAAUCCUAGGUAUAAUUUUUGGAAUCGAUCAUUCACUAGGUGUGCACCGGAGAUAGAGAAAUUGUUUGAGUCAGUCUCAAGAUCUUGUGGAGGACCUAAACCUAUGGAUGAGAGUAUGGUUUCCGGUGGUAUCUCUGACAGCACACACUGAGACUUCACCUGGGAUGUUACGUUUUAGAAUAUGGGGUUUUGAUGUCUAAUUUGCAAUUUGUAAAAGGUAAUGGCCCUGGUGGUCGUAUAAUCUGUUGACUGAAUCAGACAACUGUUGUGGAUAAUUUUCAA